UGUCGGUCAUGCAGGCAAGGGCAGUUGGAAAGUGCCCAUACAAACCUAUAUAACAGCCCAAUACAAUGGAACAACAUCACACAUGCGUUUCGCUAUUGACGAUAGUUGAAGUUUCAACAGCUUUCAUCGAUUAAGCUGAGCGUGUUUCGACUUUUUUACAACGAAGUUCAAAGGCACAUUGCUUAGGCGAAGUACGCGGUACUAUAGAUCUGGGGUCACGCGGGGCGAAGAUCUAGGCAAUCCGUCUGUGUGCAUUGCACCACAACAUGAAGGUGUGCUGUACCCAAUACCAACAUUUAUACUGCUUCCCCCAUGAGAGAUGAAUAUGGGCAACUUGAACACACUCCUGGUAGCGAUGCUGGCCAUGCUUCUGCGGGGGACAGUUGCAGGGAUGGCAGAGAUCAUCAACAUACUGCCAAUAAGUGGGUGUGUUGGGCCUGGGGACCCUAUCGUGUUGAACUGCAAAGUCCGGGCGGCUCGGAACGAAAAUAGCACGAUAGCCUUCUUCCAUGGGUCCGUUCUCGUCACGAACGAAUCCCACCCCACCGCUACGGUGCAUCAUUAUACACCGCUUUGCCGCCUCCGCGGUUCUAAGCUCAGGUGGGACAUUGAAGCUACACUGACUGUUCCUACAGCCACACAAGCUGAUGCUGGCGAGUACUCCUGUAGUUUGUCACCGCGAGACCUUAGAACUAAUAAUGCAACCGUUCUGGUACAACGCCAAUCAGAGUUCGACCUCGUCGUCAGUACGAUUAGGCCAAAUCUAGGGCAGCAAGUUUCGGUGGAAGUCAGGCGGAAGUGCGAUCAAACUGCCUCGAUCGAGGUUACAAGGACAGACGCACAUGGAGUGGUGACAGUGAUCCCGCACCGAUAUCAACACGAGGCAAAUAAUGACAAACCCUACGUUCGGAAGUCCGACGGCUGGCUCAUCAUACCCCACUUCAAAUGCGAGUAUUUGGGCAACUAUACCUUCACUGUCCAAGCUGUCAGAGUCUUCGAAGGGAUACCAACAUCGAAAUUUGUAUUCAUGGACGCAUGGUGUGCAGCAACAUGCUGCCCUCAAGAAGAAGACGCCUCUUCAGAACCCCCUGAGAAGGAAGGCUCUACUCGCAGAUCUACUGCGAGUCCGCACCAAAACCCUCAUCCGAUGUCGAGCGAGAACGAGGUUGAUAACAGUCUCUUCAUUGCCUUCAUUGUGAUUCUGGGUGUCUUGAUGAUCGUUGUCCCUCUUGUGGUGCAUUUUUGGCACCGUCGCAAAAUUCAAAGCUUGAAGAGACAGCUGAGUCAAAUUCGUGGAAGCACCCAGCUUGGCAUGGAGGAUUCGGACCAAAAGGUCUAGAAUUCCAUCUUCCAUGGUAUUGGAAGGGAUAUAUGGUAUAUCUCAUGAGGCCAGUAUUUUGCUGAUGACCAGUUGUCCCCAGUGGUCGGUGAAAUGGUUGAGUCUGAAAUUGCAAUUGAUUUUGCACAUAACAUGAGAUUCAAAGUGACAAAAAGAAAUUUAAAAAAAAAGGUUUCCAUUGUAGAACAACAAAGUAUUGUUUUUACAUCAAGAUACAAAUGUAAUACAUCAACAAAAUAACCAAUCUCCCGCAACGGUUGAACAAUAGACGCGUCAUUGAGGUGUAAUGCAACUCCAAGGUUGUCUCAGAAGUUUAUUAAGCAGUAAUUUUGUAUAUACUGUAUUAAAUGCUUUAGUGUAAUCAUAUUGUACAGACUUGAAAUGGACGUUGUAAAAAAUUAAUUCAAACACAGUAUAAAGUAUCACGACGAUUGGAACACGCUAGAGAAUAAAUGUCAAAGGUUUCAAAGAAUUGAGACUCAUGAAAGGUAACGGUAUUAUAACCGAACUUGACACGUAUAUACGAUUGGACCAUUUUUGCAGAUCAGAUCAAGUCCGAUUUUACGCAAACAAGCUAGCUGAAGUCACAUUAGGUUCUGACUCCCGAAGUAUUUUUUUUGAGAGAAACUUGAAAAUAAGGACCCUGUGGUUUCGACAAUCUGGCAAACUUUGGGAAGGUUUACAUACGGAAACCUCUGACAAAACUGUUUUUGGCAUCUCUGCAUAAUUUCGAACCAGUGGGUUUUUUGUGUUUGUGCACUUUAUAUUAAAGUGCCAUCGUACUUGAAGUAUUUUCAGGAGGAAUCAACCUCCAAGUCCGUCUUUUAUACCCAGCACAAUAUGUGGCAAAACAGGGACGCCCCAAUGUGACGCAUAGGCUAUACACCUUAAGGCCAUUUUUGCCUACUUCACCCCCGCCCCAAAAAAAAAAUCUGAAAGAAACUCCAUCAACACAAAAAGACACAAAAGAGAGGGGACCCCCUUUACCACUAAUUGCGCAUCAAAUGCUGUCUUUUGAGUAAAGGUUUAGUGUCAGAAUGGAAAGACCUCAGCUUGGAUUAAUCUGCCUCAUUGGGCUCUGACAAACAGUGUUUGAAAGGCAAUUUGACAAGGAAGUACUUUGUGGUAAAUAUGACAUUAAAAUGUUUGUGAUCAACAUGCAAACGAUUCAUGUCGCAAAUGAGCAGACAGACAUGGGUGGUUGAUUCCUCAGGAAAUAUCAAAUCCUUACGUGAGAUAUUUAUUACGGCUAUGCUUCACUUGUGCUCAUCUCUCUUUCAGAAAUAAAAUCAGAAGAGCAAGGCCGGGGGCUGGGACUGUAAUCCGCGUUUCGUUCCAAACCGUAUUAUAGGUGUAUACGUGAUUUCCGAUUGCAAUUCUUGAACACGAUGUCCUGCUCCACAAAUGGGAUUUUAUUUUUGAAGGAUGGUUUCAUUGGGCUGAAUUUGAUGAGAGCUGGUGUGUACAAGUGUUGCGUAAUGCAAAGGUAAAGCCCUGUGGGCCGCUACGUUGACAUGCAGAGUCUUGUAUCACUGUAUUUUUUGUCACUUUCUGUGUAAAAAAACUCGACAGAGAAGAAAACCUUGAAGUCACGGGGAUGGUUUAAAAUAGUCCUGUAGCAGUUACAGAGAUGAUUGGACAUUUCAAAAUUAGUUGAGCUGAUUGGUGUUGGGUUUCAAAAUGUUAUUCCAAUGUUAGCCCCAAUAAGACCUCACAUAGAAUUAACAAAGUUUCACGUCUGCGUUUAGGUGGCGUGGUUUGAGUAAAAUCUUUGUAUCAGUUUAAUGUUCAUGGUCCAAACAGAAAAAACUAACUUACACCGAUUAAUUGUGCGAAUUUUAUGUUACGAGCAAAUUUAGAUUGCGAUUUAGACUUAGAUUUAGGUAAAACAAUAGUCAAAGGUCAGAUUUGGCUUUAUUCCUCAAAUCGAUACACCGACAAGUUAAUUAGAUUUAAUGUUGAAGGUAUUUGUUAUAGUUAGGGCCACAUUUUAUAUUUACAAACGUGAUGAAAAAUGUCUGUAAAUACUCAAUUUGUUCCUUUUUCUGAUUGUGCUAAUAUUUUCCUAAUAUUAUUUGAUAAAAAUUGGUUAAGUCGAGUGUGCUUCGCCCACGUGGUGGCUAAAGAGAAAGAAUCUCAGUUAUUUGAA